AUGGACAGUAAGGAGUGGGAAAACUUCAUAUAACAAAUAGAAUUUAUUAAAACAAAAUCGAAUCGUUAAGUUCUCUGUGCAAAGUGCUGGUUGAUGCUUAACUAUGAGUAAAAAAUUAAACAUAUAAAAGAUCACCCUGAUCAUGAGCUCUCCAUAUUAACUUCUACUAAAUUCGCAUCAUCACAAUAGAUGAUUUCUCUAGCUUAAGCCUGCAAUAAAUUAGUAAAUAAAAGUGAUGGACAGUAUAUUUUAUCUCCAUUCAUCCAGAUUGGGAAGUCAUUAUUUGAGGGACAGGAGGGCCUUCAAAUUAUGAGCGUAUAAAAUAAUUCGAUGAUAUUAUAGAGUACAUCCACAGAAUCAUAAAAUGGAAACUAUGAUAAUAGCUCCAAGGACGGUAAAGACUUAGUUCAAAGUGUAUAGGACAGGAUGACGAAAAUAGAAGGUACAGUUGAAAAUAUAAAAAAUACACUUAAUAUUUUCGCUCAGUGCAUGUAAAGCAAUCAUAUACUAUAGUAAUAGAUACUCCAUUAACUAGAGGUAUAGAAUGCGAAUAAUCAAAACUCAUGUGUCCCAUCAUCAUGUGAGAAUCUAAAUGUAAAUGAGAAUUAAUGGAUCACAUAGAAUUAAAUAAAGGAAGAGUAAAUGUAGAUUGAUUUAACAGAGAAAAAAUCUGAUAAAUAUCUGGCUGAUGAACGACAAAAUAUCAGUCAGAUUGAUAAGAUUGAUAAUUCUUAAGCGAACACCUCAAAUUUUGAGUUGAGUCAGAAAUUGACUUCUAUUAAUAAAUUCUAGAAAAUUUGGAAUUAAAAACAAACAAAAUCUGACUCUAGUUAAGUCAAAUCAUAUGAUGACUUAGAUUUCAACCCAUUUAAGCAUAAAUACCAGGGAUAAAGUUAGCCUUUGGAUGAAGAAAUGACUGAUGCAUAGGUUUGGUAACGGUACUCUAUAAUUGAAGCAGACAACUUUUUCAUUUAGGUUAAUGAAAUGCACGUUGGAAAUAAACGCCAUUAUAAUUAAAUGUCUUAGGAUGUCCUCUAAAUUGACGAAGACUGA